AUGUGCUUUUGCAAUCUCACUGCAAUAAAGUUUGAUCCCAACAAUGCAACAUUGUACUCAAACAGGAGCCUUUGUUGGCUUCGCAUGGGCGAGGGCUACAAGGCUUUGUUGGACGCUGAUGAAUGCAGAAAAUUGCGGCCUGACUGGCCAAAGGCCUUUUACCGGCAGGGUGCAGCUCUGAUGUUGCUGAAGGAUUACAAGGGUGCAAGCGAACAUUUCUUGGAUGGACUCAAGUUGAACCCAGCCAACACUGAGAUGGAGGAUGCAUUACGGAAAGCUUAUGAAGCCAUGAAAGAUGUCUCGGAGCCCCAAGGUUGA